AUGAACUCUCAUACGCGGGUCUUAGUUGCCUUGCUGUUGAAUGAUUGCACAUUUUGGGAUGCUCUUCUGGUUUACUGCAUUGUCACCAUGUUAAAGCAAAUUCUUAGCAAAUUGCCUAAGAAGGUGCCAAAAUCUGACACAUCAGAUUCGGCCCAGAGUGAUUCUGGGAGUGUUACUACUUUUGCAAAUGUCUUUCAGUGUACCAAUGUUGGGGUUGCCAUUUCAAGCAAAUUAAAUGCUGUGAAGCGGGUAUCAUCAGUGGUAUUUCCAGCAAGCUUGAGUGCUGGAGUGGAAGCAGUUGAUCCCCAUAUAUCUUUCAAUGAUGUUUCAAAUAUACAGAAGCAAAACCUGUUUAUCAGUAAGUUGAAUCUUUGCUGCAGUGUUUAUGAUAUAAGUUGUCCUGGUAAGAAUUGCGCAGAGCAAGAUCUUAAACAACAAACAUUGGUAGAGCUUGUCAAUUUUGUUUCUUCUGGAUCUGCAAAGUUCACAGAACCAUCAAUCGCUGCAAUGUCUAAAAUGUGUGCAAGUAAUUUGUUCAGGGUUUUCCCACCUAAGUUUCGUCCUAGUGCUACUGGUGGAGGAGAAACAGAAGAUGAAGAGCUUAUGUUUGAUCCUGCCUGGUCUCACCUGAAAAUGGUUUAUGAUCUUCUCCUUCAAUUCAUAAACUAUAAUGCACUUGAUCUAAAGGUGGCGAAAUUGCAUAUUGAUCAUGCUUUCAUUGUUAGAUUGCUUGACCUUUUUGAUUCUGAGGACCCUAGAGAAAGAGAUUGUCUGAAAACAAUUCUGCAUAGAAUCUAUGGGAAAUUCAUGGUACACAGGCCUUUCAUAAGGAAAUGUGUCAGCAAUAUCAUCUACCGUUUUGUUUUUGAGACUGAACGUCAUAAUGGAAUUGCUGAGUUGUUGGAAAUUUUUGGGAGUGUGAUUUGUGGGUUUGCCUUGCCAUUGAAGGAGGAGCACAAAAUGUUUUUGUGUAGGGUUUUAAUACCUUUACACAAACCUAAAUCUGUUGGUGUUUAUCAUCAGCAGUUAACAUAUUGUGUUUUACAGUUCAUUGAUAAGGAUCCAACACUGGCUAGCACCGUGAUAACGGGGCUAUUGAAGUACUGGCCAGUAACAAAUAGCCAAAAGGAGUUAAUGUUCAUAAGCGAGUUGGAAGAGGUUUUGGAUGCCACAAUCAUGACUGAAUUUCAGAAGGUUAUGAUCCCACUGUUUCGACGCAUAGCUUGCUGUCUUAAUAGCUAUCAUUACCAGGUGGCUGAACGAGCUCAUUUGCUUUGGAACAACGAUCACAUCCUCGAUGUUGUCUCCCAAAACCGGCAGGUGAUUCUGCCUCUUGUGUUCACAGCACUUGUACAUAACACCCAACAUCACUGGAACCGGACAGUGCUGAACCAGACCGAGAACAUGAGGAAGAUGCUGUCUCAGAUGGACGAGGAACUGGUGCUUGCCUGCCAACGUAAGUUGGAGGAGGAGGACACAAGGUCAAGCGCCACAGCUGAGAGACGUAGAGUAACAUGGGAACGUCUUGAAGCUGCUGCCAUUGCCAAUGUCCAAUCUAUAGCUCUAGUAGGUGGUGAUGUUUUAGCAUCUCCUGCAUGUUCUGUGGCAUGCUAG